UUCCCUUUUAUGAGCAGAAAGUUAUCACAUUUUUUAAGUCAUUGAAUUCCCUUUUGGUGAUGUUAACUUGCUCUAUUCAAUAUUUCUGUUCUUUUGUACAGGAUCCAAACUACUGGAUACAGGUGCAUCGAUUGGAACAUGGGGAUGGAGGAAUACUAGACCUUGAUGACAUUCUCUGUGAUGUAGCAGAUGAUAAAGACCGGCUGGUAGCUGUGUUUGAUGAGCAAGAUCCACAUCAUGGAGGUGAUGGCACCAGUGCCAGCUCCACUGGCACCCAGAGUCCAGAAGUAUUUGGCAGUGAGCUUGGCACCAACAAUGUUUCAGCCUUUCAGCCUUAUCAAGCAACAAGUGAAAUUGAGGUCACACCUUCCGUCCUUCGUGCAAAUAUGCCUCUUCAUGUCCGACGAAGCAGCGACCCAGCUUUAAUUGGCCUGUCGACUUCUGUCAGUGAUAAUAAUUUUUCCUCGGAAGAGCCAUCAAGGAAAAACCCCACGCGCUGGUCUACAACAGCUGGCUUCCUCAAGCCGAACACUGCUGGCAGCCCCAAAACCUGUGACAGGAAGAAAGAUGAAAACUACCGAAGCCUCCCACGGGAUACUAGUAACUGGUCUAACCAAUUUCAGAGAGACAAUGCUCGCUCCUCUCUGAGUGCCAGUCAUCCGAUGGUGGACAAGUGGCUGGAAAAGCAAGAGCAGGAUGAGGAUGGGACAGAAGAAGACAAUAGCCGUGUUGAACCAGUUGGACAUGCCGACACUGGUUUGGAGAAUAUACCCAACUUCUCUCUGGAUGAUAUGGUAAAGCUCGUACAAGUCCCCAACGAUGGAGGGCCUCUGGGGAUCCAUGUAGUGCCUUUCAGUGCUCGAGGCGGCAGAACCCUGGGGUUAUUAGUAAAACGAUUGGAGAAAGGUGGUAAAGCUGAACAAGAAAAUCUUUUUCAUGAGAAUGAUUGCAUUGUCAGGAUUAAUGAUGGUGACCUUCGAAAUAGAAGAUUUGAACAAGCACAACAUAUGUUUCGCCAAGCCAUGCGUACACCCAUCAUUUGGUUUCAUGUGGUUCCUGCAGCAAAUAAAGAGCAGUACGAACAACUGUCCCAAAGUGAGAAGAACAGUUACUAUUCAAGCCGCUUCAACCCUGACAGGCAGUAUAUUGAUAACAGGAGUGUACACAGUGCAGGACUUCACGCAGUACCGAGGGUGCCCAGACUGAACAAUCAGCACGAGCAGAUAGACUCUCACCCACGACUACCUCAUAGUGCAAACUCUGCCGGGAAACCACCAUCAGCUCUGGCUCCAGCACCACAAAACGUAUUCAAUACGAGUGUAAGCAGUGGUUAUAACACCAAAAAAAUAGGGAAGAGACUUAAUAUCCAGCUUAAGAAAGGUACAGAAGGUUUAGGAUUUAGCAUCACUUCCCGAGAUGUAACAAUAGGUGGCUCAGCUCCAAUUUACGUGAAAAACAUUCUUCCAAGAGGGGCUGCCAUUCAAGAUGGCAGACUCAAGGCAGGGGAUAGACUUAUAGAGGUAAAUGGAGUCGAUUUAGCAGGCAAAUCCCAAGAGGAAGUUGUUUCCCUGCUGAGAAGCACCAAGAUGGAAGGGACUGUGAGCCUUCUGGUCUUUCGCCAGGAAGACGCCUUCCACCCAAGGGAACUGAAUGCAGAGCCAAGCCAGAUGCAGAUUCCAAAAGAAACGAAAGCAGAAGACGAGGAUAUUGUUCUCACACCCGAUGGCACCAGGGAAUUUUUGACGUUUGAAGUUCCACUUAAUGAUUCAGGAUCGGCUGGUCUUGGUGUUAGUGUCAAAGGGAACCGGUCCAAAGAGAACCAUGCAGACUUGGGAAUCUUUGUCAAGUCCAUUAUUAAUGGAGGAGCAGCAUCUAAAGACGGAAGGCUUCGGGUGAAUGAUCAACUGAUAGCAGUAAAUGGAGAAUCCCUGUUGGGCAAGACAAACCAAGAUGCUAUGGAAACCCUAAGGAGGUCUAUGUCCACUGAAGGAAACAAACGUGGAAUGAUCCAGCUUAUUGUAGCGAGGCGAAUAAGCAAGUGCAAUGAGCUCAAGUCACCUGGGAGCCCCCCUGGACCUGAGCUGCCCAUUGAAACAGUACUGGAUGACAGAGAACGGAGAAUUUCCCAUUCCCUCUACAGUGGGAUAGAGGGGCUGGAUGAAUCACCCACAAGAAAUGCUGCCCUCAGUAGGAUAAUGGGUAAGUCAGGUAAAUACCAGCUGUCCCCCACAGUAAAUAUGCCCCAAGAUGACACUGUCAUUAUAGAAGAUGACAGGUUGCCAGUCCUUCCUCCACAUCUCUCUGACCACUCGUCUUCUAGCUCCCGUGAUGAUGUGGGAUUCGUGACGGCAGACCCUGGUGCAUGGGCCACGGCUGCAGUUAGCGACUCUGCAGAAUGCUCUCUGAGCCCCGAUGUAGAUCCAGUUCUUGCUUUUCAACGAGAAGGAUUUGGACGCCAGAGUAUGUCAGAAAAACGCACAAAGCAAUUUUCAGAUGCCAGUCAAUUGGAUUUCGUUAAAACGCGAAAAUCAAAAAGCAUGGAUUUAGGUAUAGCUGACGAGACUAAACUCAAUACAGUGGAUGACCAGAAAGCAGGUUCUCCGAGCAAAGAUGUAGGACCUUCGCUGGGUCUGAAGAAGUCGAGCUCGUUGGAGAGUCUGCAGACAGCAGUCGCUGAGGUGACUUUGAAUGGGGAUAUUCCUUUCCACCGCCCACGACCCCGGAUCAUCCGAGGAAGGGGGUGCAAUGAGAGCUUCAGAGCUGCAAUCGACAAGUCUUAUGAUAAACCUGCUGUAGAUGAUGACGAUGAAGGCAUGGAGACCUUGGAAGAAGACACAGAAGAAAGUUCAAGAUCUGGGAGAGAGUCUGUAUCCACAGCCAGUGACCAGCCUUCCCACUCCCUGGAGAGACAAAUUAAUGGAAACCAAGAGAAAGGUGAUAAGACUGACAGAAGAAAGGAUAAAACUGCAAAAGAGAAGAAGAAAGAUAGAGACAAAGAAAAGGAUAAAAUUAAAGCCAAGAAGGGAAUGCUGAAGGGCUUGGGAGACAUGUUCAGGAUUCAAGCCAAAACUCGAGAAUUUAGAGAGCGGCAAGCUCGAGAGCGGGACUAUGCUGAAAUCCAAGACUUUCAUCGGACCUUUGGCUGUGAAGAUGAUUUGAUGUUUGGGGGAAUGCCUUCAUAUGAAGGUUCCAUGGCCAGACCCCAGAGCCCAAGAGAAGGGCAUCUGAUGGAUGCUUUGUAUGCCCAAGUGAAGAAGCCCCGGAAUUCCAAACCUUCAGCUGUAGACAGCAACAGAUCAACCCCUAGCAACCAUGAUCGGAUACAGCGUCUGAGGCAAGAAUUUCAACAAGCAAAGCAGGAUGAAGAUGUAGAAGAUCGACGACGUACCUAUAGCUUUGAACAACCCUGGCCGUACGCACAGAGCGGCAGGCACUCUGUGUCCGUGGAGGUGCAGAUGCAGCGGCAGCGCCAAGAGGAGCGGGAGAGUUUCCAGCAAGCCCAGCGCCAGUACAGCUCUCUGCCUCGGCAAAGCAGGAAAAACGCCAGUUCUGUCUCCCAGGAUUCUUGGGAGCAGAACUACGCCCCUGGGGAAGGCUUCCAGAGUGCCAAGGAGAACCCCAGGUACUCUAGCUACCAAGGUUCAAGGAACGGCUACAUGGGCGGGCACGGCUUCAAUGCCAGGGUGAUGCUUGAGACCCAGGAGCUCCUGCGCCAGGAACAGAGGCGGAAAGAGCAACAGAUGAAGAAGAAGCCUCCUCCCGAGGGGUCCAACAACUAUGACUCAUAUAAGAAAGUCCAGGACCCCAACUACACCCCUCCCAAGGGGCCCUUCCGGCAAGACGUGCCCCCCUCCCCUUCUCAGGUUGCUAGGCUGAACAGACUGCAGACUCCUGAGAAAGGGAGACCCUUUUAUUCCUGAGCAGGAGAAGAGCAGAGUCUUCAUGUCAUGCAAUAAAGGACAUUUUCCUAUGAAGACUUGUAUUUUGGAGCAUUUUUUUAAAACCUUGACGGUACUAUGGAGUAUUUUUGUUGUCAGUAUCAGUGCCUUUAAGGAGUAUGGGCAAAGAAAUGGAAGGCCUUAAUGUCUUUGCCGCUAUGUCUCAAGUGUCUGUUUCAUGGAAGGAUUUCCCACCAUCUGACAAUCAUCUGUUCAAGGUAUUCACAUGUUCUGCAUCUCUCUAGGGUACCAGGAAUCUUGGCCCAAUUCAUGACACGUCCAGAGCUUUGCUAUUACAGCCCCACAGAACCUGUGGAGACAGAUUAACUUGAAGUUGAGGGUGGUAUUGAUCCCUCUUUUUCCCUUUACUUUUUCUUAGAUGUUAAGGCAACAUGUCAGCCUCUGGUGGAUGAGAGUGGGUGACAUACACCAGAAACUGGAGUUUUAUGGUACUUCACAACACACCCAUUUCUGGUACUUUGUAGUCAAUACAGUUUCCCCUUUUCUUUCUCAGCUCCUUGUGAAAGGAAAGUUUUUUUGUCCUAUUGAAGAUGCUAAGCCAUAUUCCAACACUUUUUGUUUAUCAUGGGGGUCCUUUUGUAACUGCCUUAUAACGCAACAUUACCAAUAAAAUUAACAGUGAUGGUUGCAGUCUGUGUUUAUAAAUACCCUUGCUCAGUCAUGUUCCUAACACAUUUUCUGAGUCCCCACAUCUCUGCGUAGGGAACGUAGGAGAUAGGGGUGAUCAACGGUGGCGGAAGGGCCAGGCCUGCCCGUGAACCUCUGCGUGGAUUGUAAUGUGGGAGGUGGUAGCUAAGAAAAGAAUUUUCCCAGCAUGAGCUUAUACUCCAGCAUAUCCCAAUAAUUAUUUUAAUUACUUUUUGUUCUGACAGGUUGCCAGGAAGGACUUAGAGUGGGGCAAAGAUAAAUCAGACAGCCAUUUUUGGAUUCUAAAAACUGAUUUCUAUGGUUUUUAAAGUCGCUUGGAAUUCAUGUCUGCCUAGUGCACCCACAUACUAUAUCUGUCUGGUGAUGCCAUAUGACUAAAUAAUUCUACCACAAAAUGUAAAAGGCAACCAUAGCACAUCCUACAGAGAACAUGCUGGUGUCCCACCACAGUGGUGACAGAAGAUUGCUCUCGUGUCGAUAUUUUUAAUGUACAUACGGGUCACAAGAACCUCUGUUGCUCACAUGUUUUCAUUUGUUCGUCUUAACUUCAUGUAUUGUAAAGCAUAGCCGGGUUGCUGAAGUGCCUGCAAAUCCUGAUGUGAAAAAAGCUUGAGAUCAGAGCUCAGCAUACUGUGUAUUAACAAAAAAGAAAGAAAGAAAAAAAAAAGACAUGUAUUGAUACACCUUUUUUUUUUUUACUGGCACAUUGUAUUUUUGUGUCAAUUUGUUUUUAGAAAAUAUGUGAAGUGUCCACACACGUACCUGUGUCUUAUUUUUACACAUUUCUGUCUUGGUUCUUUUUGUUAAUAAUGUGCAGCGAUGUUUCAGUGGCAUGACCAUGUAAGUGUGGCGGCCUGGGAUGGCAGUGGCUGUUUCUCUCAGCCCUCCCUGAGCUGUGAGAAACAGCUUUCCUUGUAUAUAUGAGACUUAUAAUAAAAGACAUAUUUCUUCCUGUUC